AUAGGUUAGAACGACUUACUUGAAUCCUCGGUUGGUGCGGAUUCCGUGUAAAGGAAAUUACAGAGAAGUAAAAUUGUAGUUGCAAUUAACGGAUAAACUAAUGUUCGACACAUGUUAUUAAUCCUACAAUGUAUCAACCACUCUAGACAUCAACUCGAUCACCGCGAACGCACAUUACAACCGUAACAUCGUGAAUUUGCCGUUUAGCCGUUUGAAAUUCGAGUGUCGAUAUAUUCGUAUAGGUGUGUGUACCGUAUGCUAUAUCGAACGUCAUAGCGAUUAAUCUCGUUACACGUAGCGUCAUCUACGUUAGAACACGCGGUAGGACAGAUUCGGUUUAGAAGAAAUUCAGUGCCAGUCGAAAUACAAUGGACAGUUGUAAACAGUAAUUCGUAUUUACCGGUGGCAGUGUAGCGACAUAUUUGUCUUCUCUAUAAAGUUUCAUAGAAUUUUAACGAAACGAUUAUCCGAAGCUGUACGGUGACGCCAUCUGCAACACCUUCGAAACUCGAGAACGUUACAAACUUCACGUAAAACCAAACCGAAAAGUAGCGGGAGACUUGUUUGUAGUUUCGAAAACAACUCGUUUCCUUGCAGACAGCAGACACGAGUAAAGGACAAAGAAAUCGUCCGAGAUAUUCGUCCAACUGAUCGAUGAGUGAAUUCAUCACGGUGCAAGUUGGACAAUGUGGAAACCAAAUUGGUUCUGCAUUUUGGCCUCUGGUUUUACACGAAUAUGGUGUGCAGUCUGCAAGUACUGGCACAAAUUUUCUCAAGAUCCAACGUAAUUAUGGUAAAAAGGCGGAUGAUCUGUUGGACGCGAUUCAUAGUUUCUUCGUUGUACCCGAUAAUCUGUACAAUUUCUGCUUCAAGAGUAUGGCCGACCUAAAAAAGGCUAAAGUUAAAGCCCGGGCGGUAUUGAUAGAUAUGGAAGACAAUGUGAUAGCAGGAUUAAAAAGAGGCCCUUUGGGUCACUUGUACGAACAGGCUUGCACGAUAACAAACUAUCCAGGAUCCGCGAACAAUUGGGCUAUCGGGUAUCACGAUCAUGGUACAAAAUACCAUGAUAACGUGGAGAACGCUGUCAGGCGUGCGGUAGAGAAAUGUUCUAGUCUGCACGGUUUCUUGUGCGUGCAUUCGCUAGGAGGUGGUACCGGUUCUGGAUUAGGAACGGCCACUUUGAAAUUAUUAGCCGAUUACUAUCCCAAUGUAGACAGGUUGGUAUCUUGCGUAUAUCCAAUGUUAACGCAAGACGUCGUUACCGCUCCGUACAAUGCUCUACUGGCGACGCGAGAACUCUUGGAGCAUGCAACAUGCGUAUUUCCAGUCGACAACGCGUCUCUAAUGGACAUAUGCGCGUUGCAAAUGAAGAAAAAAGAGAACGCGGAUCAGAUAAAUUAUAAUGUUUCCUGCAGGCCGUUCCAAGAUAUGAACAGUAUCGUCGUGAAUAUGCUUCUUCAUCUAACUAGCGGGUCUAGAUUCCCUGGUAAUUUAAACAUGGAUAUGAACGAAAUAGCAACGAAUCUUGUUCCAUACCCCAGGUUACAUUAUAUAUAUAGCAGCGUUAGUCCGAUAGAUUUAACCGCAUCGAUAACGUACACGGCGCAAGAAGCAAAGUUGCAAGACGAACUGUUCAGCAACGCGUGGUCCAGAAACAAUCGUUUGAUUAAAGUAGACCCAUUGCAGCCGAACGGCGUAAUUCUAAGCAGUGCGCACAUCGCAAGGGGGAAUUGUUCUAUGACAGAUCUAAAGCGGAACAUCGAAAGAUUUCGAGGGAAGAUGAAGUUUACGAUAUGGAGCGAAGAAGCUGCGAAAGUAGGGUUGUGCUCCGUACCACCGGCCGGACAUUCGGCUUCAGUUUUGUGUCUGUUAAAUUGUUCCGCGAUGUCAGGACUGUUUCGGAAUGUUCUAGAAGAAUUUAGCAGAUUGUACAGGAGGAAGGCACAUGUCCAUCACUAUACGCAAGUUGAGGGUUUCGAUGAAGCAGAUUUUCGGAAUGGCACAGAGUCGAUUAGAGACUCGAUCGCACAGUACAGGGAGUUGGAGAAUCCGAAGCGAACAGAUGUCCCUAGACUACAGGUAAUUUAACAACGCGUUAUCGCGACGUAACGAAACAUUGAAAAAUACGGAUUUAUUGGGCUCAUUUGAUUUAUACAGUUGAGAGGCAGAAAUAUUUGA